UGGAAAGUUCUCAAAUGAAGAACCAGUUGAAGGAAUUAAAGUAUCCAACUGCACCCUAACUAAUACUUCAAAUGGUGUUAGAAUCAAGACUUGGGCAGGUCAAUUUCCUGGCACUGCAUCGGAUAUUUAUUUCGAGGAUAUCACCGUGACGAAUGUUAGUUGCCCCGUCCUAAUUGACUAGAAAUAUUGCCCAUGGAAUAAAUGCAAAAUGAAUGAAGAAUCAAAUGUUAAACUAAGCAACAUCAGCUUCAAGAACAUUCAUGGUACGGCUGCACUUCCAGAAGUUGUCAAACUUGUUUGCAGUGGUACUUUUCCUUGUGAAAAUGUAGAACUCGCCGACAUUGACAUUACUUUUAGUGGACCGGAUGGACCUGCAAAAUCUGAAUGUAAAAAUGUUAAACCAAAAAUUACUGGCAAACAAAAUCCUGCUGCAUGUUCUACUCCUGUACCAGAAAACCCUACCCCUACGGUUUAAGUGUUGGCUUGCA